AAGUUUUUGUAUUCGCCCAAGCCCGGCCCAUCCACCAUCCGCUGCUACUCUUCAUCACAAACCCUAAUAAAUCCAUCUCCGCCUCUGGUUCGUCCUCCAUCUCCUCCCAAAUCGCGGCACCAAGCACCCGACCGCUUUCCGCAUGGCUUCCCACAUCGACUUCCGCUGCUUGGAUGAGGGCCUCGGCGGCGAGCGCGGCAAGCGCAAGCGUCGCGAGGAUGCCGAGGCGGCGGCCGCGGAUUCCAUGGACCUCGAUGCCGACGCGCACCGGCCGUCUAAGCUCCGCGCCAUGCCUUCCCUCUCCGACCCCUCGAAGCCGGCCUCCUUCGGCCAGCCCACCUACGACGGCGUCAUCGCAGGGCGGUUGUCGGGACGGCGGUGGAAGGAGGCCCGCACCCGGCGAGCGUCGGCCGUGGCGGUGUCGCGGAAGCCGACCCCGCUGGAGCAGCGCGUCCGGGAGAAGUCGCUGAAGCGCGCGUACCAGGCCCGCAAGGCGGAGCUCAAGGAAGAGAUCCGGCAGAACAAGGUGGCCAAGCGGAAGGCCCGCGAGGAGCGUGAGAAGCGGAAGCAGGAGAACGUGCUCCGCACGGGCACCAAACUGCAGAGGGUCACCAACCCAAAGACGAUCCAGAAGAUCGCCAAGUCCAAGAAGCGCAAGCAGCUCAAGGUCGUCCCCGACGAGUUCCUCGGCGGCAAGAAGUCGGUGGCCAACCGGCGCAUGCAGGUGCCUGGACUCGAAAAUUGAAUCUGACAGGCCUCGAUCUCUCUGUAUCUGUUCUGUGGCGGCGUUGAGUUGGCAAGGUUAGUUCGACGACGAUUUUGUACUUGCUUCUGGUUAUGUAGUUUGAAGCGUGAUUAAAUUAAGCGAUUAAAAUGGCGUG